CCGCGAUUUCCAACUGUCCCUAACCCACUGCACUUCGUUCUUUUCACGUCGUUCAUCUACAAAACAAGACUUGACAAACAUGGUUAAGGCCGUUAGGGGCGUGCUCAUCGAGUGCGAGCCGGCCAUUAAGUCCAUCCUGGUCCAUAUCGACAGCACCCACCACCACGAAUUCAUUAUUGAGGAUCUCGACGAGACACACCUUUUCGUAAAGGAAGCCAUGCUACACAUACUUAAGCAGAAGCUCGAGGAGCGUCUCAAGGAGACAUACCGCCCGGAGGAACCUCUGGAGGAUAGUGAUUAGAAGAUCCAACGGGGAAUUGGAUUGGGUUUUCCUUGAAUCACCACUCGCGAAAAGCAUUGAGGGCACGUUUUGGCUGAAUCGCCUUGGCGCCCCGGGAGUCGGGGUCUAAGCUUGCUUCUCACAUGGCAUGCGGCGAGGAAAUGGACAGCGGAUGCCGCUGGCCUCAUACGACUAAUGACGCUUAUGAUCUAUUAAUAGGUCGCAUCGCGGGUGAUAGUGGUCUCAGUGUUAUAGCACAAGGGAUUGGUAUCCAAGGUUGAUACUCAGAGCUUCGAGAAUGUGGGCUUUCUCUUCUGGAGACCCGACGUCAAAGCCUUUGUGAGGUCGUCGGUCUGGAGGGCGGCGGCAUUCCACACGCCCGUAUACCGCAG